CCGUGACGCCCUCUUAUCACUAUCACCAAUCUGCAUUUUCCCGCUAGAGAAGCCUAUCGUGGUCUACAUGUCAAACCCACCCUCUGCAGUCUCACUUGUAUUAAAUCGUUUUUAUUACAUCCGCUAUUCCGUGGACACCUGAACGCAGCAGAGGUACGUCUUUGCAGUGCGCAUGACUACUGUGCUGAAAGCGGGAAGCUGGCUCAAAAUACAGACAUGUUGUAGAAGUUACUCUGCUGUAACUACUGUGCACUUCGGCUAAAACAGUCACUAUUGAAUGAUAACUUUACUACUCUUCACCCAUUUGAAAGUGCCUAACAGCGAACUUGGAGUUAAGAAGAAUUUUUGUGAUUUUAAAUACUAUGUUAGUAAAUACGAUUGCUGACUCAAGCUAGGAGACACAUUAUGCCUUCACUGAAUCUACAUGGAGUGGCAGUGGAUUUCCCUUUCCCCCCAUAUGACUGUCAGAAAGACUACAUGACCAAAGUGAUUGAAUGUCUUCAGAAGAACACACCUCAAAGCACAAGAGCUGCUAGGCCUACAUAAGGUGAAUGGCAUUCUGGAGAGUCCCACAGGCACUGGUAAAACCCUGUGCCUGCUGUGUGCCACCUUGGCUUGGAGGGAACACUUCAAGGACACCAUCUCUGCCCGUAAGGUAGCAGAGAGGCUGGGUGGAGAGGAGAUGUUCACAAACACACCCCUGUCGUCCUGGGGAACAGCUGCUACAGAUGGCAACACACCAAUCUACUACACUGAUGUCCCCAAGAUCAUAUACGCAUCCAGGACACACUCUCAGCUUGCACAGGUUAUCAGUGAGUUGAAGAAUACUUCAUACAGGCCAAAGGUAUGUGUGCUGGGGUCAAGAGAGCAGCUCUGCAUCAAUCAGGAAGUGAUGCAUCAGGAGAGCAACCACGUCAAGGUCCAUAUGUGCAGAGCAAAAGUUUCCACAAGGUCAUGUGUCUACUACAAUAAUGUUGAAGAAAGGAGCACUGACAGAGACUUGGUGAACUCUAUCCUUGAUGUGGAAGACUUAGUCAAAUUUGGCAAAAAACAGAGGGUCUGUCCUUACUACCUCUCCCGUUCCUUGAAGCAGCAGGCAGAUGUCAUUUUUAUGCCAUACAACUAUCUGCUGGAUCCAAAGAGUCGCAGGGCGCACAAUAUUGAGCUGAACGGAGCGGUGGUCAUUUUUGAUGAGGCUCAUAAUGUGGAAAAGACAUGUGAAGAGUCAACAUCAUUUGACCUGACUCCCUAUGACAUAGCCUCAGCCAUUAAUGCUGUAGAUAGGCUGCUGGUGGAGCAGGCCAAGGAGGCCAGCCAUGGACAGACUGUCACUGAAGACUUCAAUGCAGAAUCCCUCAGCUCUGGUUUAAAGAUAGAUAUAGCCACCAUUGCUAAAAUGAAACAGAUUUUGCUGGAUCUGGAAGCUACCAUUGAUUCCUAUGAUGUUCCAAGUGACAAAGGCAUCACAAAACCUGGAAUCUUCAUCUAUGAAUUGUUAGAGGGCGCUCACCUGACCUACAACAGCAAGAUGGCUGUCUCUGAAGCUCUGGAGCAGAUCAUUGGAUACUUAACAGGGAAGACAGGAAUAUUCCUGAACACAAGUGGACUUCAGAAGGUGGCUGAUAUCAUACAGCUGGUGUUUUGCGGUGAACCAUCAGAAAAAGACAGACAACAGCAGAUGCAGUCCAACACAGCUCAUUUUAAGGUUCAUAUCCACAGAGACACCAGUUAUCACAGGAAAAAACAGAGCACUGAUGUGUGGGCUUCAUCUUCACCAAAGAAACAAGGCAACGUUUUGAGUUACUGGUGCUUCUCUCCUGGCUUCAGCAUGCAAGAUCUGGUGAAUCAAGGUGUUCGCUGCAUCAUUCUCACCAGUGGUACCCUCUCUCCCCUGUCCUCUUUCACCUCUGAAAUGAGGAUAGAAUUCCCAGUGUGUCUGGAGAACAGCCAUGUGAUUGAACGGGACCAGAUUUUUGUUAGCAUCAUUGAACGAGGCCCAGAUGGAGUGCAGUUAAGUUCAGCGUUUGAUAGACGGUUUGUUCCUGAAAAUAUGGCAUCUUUAGGCAACACUGUUGCCAACCUGAGCCGUGUGGUUCCUCAUGGUCUCUUAGUGUUUUUUCCCUCCUUCCCUUUAAUGGAAAAAACCCUAGACUUCUGGAGAGCUAAUGGACAUGCAGACCGUAUUGAAAACAUAAAGCCCAUGUUUGUUGAACCUAAAGGAAAGGGCACCUUUGCUGAGGUUAUUGAUGGCUAUUACAACAGAGUCAAUGAUCCAGCAUCCAAAGGGGGAACCUUUUUUGCUGUGUGUCGAGGGAAGGCUAGCGAGGGUCUGGAUUUUGCAGAUACCUUUGGUCGGGGUGUCAUCAUCACUGGCCUUCCUUUCCCUCCAAAGAUGGACCCUCGAGUCAUCCUGAAGAUGCAGUUCUUGGAUGAGAUGAGCCGGAACAAAGCUCCUGGGCUAAAGUACCUGUCUGGGCAGGAGUGGUACAAACAGCAGGCUUUCAGAGCUGUGAACCAGGCCAUCGGUAGAGUCAUUCGUCAUAAGCAGGACUAUGGAGCCAUCUUCCUAUGUGAUCAGAGGUUCAAGAACUCUGAUGCUCGGGCUCAGCUUCCAUCGUGGGUUAGGCCUUAUGUACGUCUGUAUGAUGGCUUCGGGAAUGUGGUCCGUGACGUCUCUCAGUUCUUCAGGGUUGCACAGAAAAUGAGGCCUGUGGUAGAGAAGACGACUGCUGCAGGGAGCUGUGGGACAGUGUGCUUUCCAGACCGUCAAUCCUCUGGCUUCACUUCCUCCUCAUUCUCCCAAAGCUCUCAUACCCAGAAGGCCAAGGUGUUGGAUACCCACCUUCCCAGCCUGAAGAGGAGGAGGCUCAAUGAACAUAGUGAAGCCAUUGGAAUGACCAGCAUCUGCACUGAGUAUGAGCGUCAAGGGCAGGACAGUCAGAGGAGACCAGCCAAUCUGUUGGAUGCCCUGGAGCAAGGCGACCAUCGCAGUGGAGAGGCUGAUGAUGCUGUUGGGAAAGAGGAGAAGGCAAACUGUUUAUCCACACUGUUUCUUCAAUAUGACAAGAGGAUGGAUGAUGAAUUGCGGGGAGCAAAACGUAAAAUCAAAUUGGUCCAAGAGCAGAAAAUCAGCGUCUCAGGGGAUGUGUCUGAGGAGGGCACAGCCAGCAGGGUUAAGGCAUUCCUAGCAGAGAUGAAGAAGUCACUGAGCCAGGUGAACUUUAACCACAUCAUACAGGCUCUGCAGACCUACAAGAAGACUGACAACCUGGAUGUCCUGCUGACUGAGACAGCUGUCUUAACUGAGGACACUAAUACUCACAGUCUGCUCCGUGGCCUCUACCAGUUUAUUCGCCCACAUCACAAAAAGAAGUUUGAUGAGAAAUGCCAGGAGCUGACUGGGCAGGACUGUGGAUACAAACCUGAUCACUCACUGUCUAAGGAUGAGAAGAAAGUGCUGAUGCUGCAGAGUGCUACAGACAGACAGCACACUGUGGUUCUAACAUCCUCUAGUGGGACGUCUACUAGCAGUCAGCUGAAUACAGCGCAACUCAACAAAGGAGGACACCAUCUCAACCAGCAAGGAUUAAGAGAACCUCAAACUGGUUCUGCUCCAAAGAAUGAAGUCCUCACUGCUUUUCUGACUGAUGUGAAAACAGCUCUUGGAGCAGAAAAAUCAACUCAGCUCUUUCAGGCCAUUCACAGCUACAGGAAGACAGACAGCUAUGAAAACCUGGUGACCACAGUGGUGAACUUAUUUACAGAGAGAGAUGAGGAUUUCAACCUUCUAGUCAGAUUUUGCAUGUUUAUUCGCGCUCACCAUAAGAAGCAGUACAAAGAGAUGUUGGAUGGUUUAAUUGGUCCAUCAGUAUCUGCUGAUGAUGUUCCUGCUGCGAGUGAAGACCAGCAAAGCAAAGCUUCAUCAUCAAUUCCUUUGAGGACAGAAAGCAAGAAUUCCGGUUUCUUUUCAAGCAGCCAAAACAAAACAAAACAAAAAAAUUGAAUCUGAUUAAGGAAAAUGGUGUAUGUAUUUCAAAUAGCUUGUGACUGGUACUGCUGAUAAAAUAAACUAGCCUGUGGCAGUAAUCUGGUGGUGCAGAUGUCCAAACACUGACGCUGGAUUUGUUGUGGUUGGGAAGUACUCUGUAGGUUACUGUCUGUAGGUUACUGUCUGAAUUGAUGAACUAGUUACGCUCGCCUCAAGUAUUUAAAAGUCCAUUCAAGUGGCAUCUGUAACUCCUGACAACUUGUAAACAGUACCUGCAACAUGAUUCAGUUUUUUCCUGCUCAACAAAGAAGCAGAAUAAUGCCAUGAAAAGUGAAAAUGUUUAAGUGAGAAAUAAAAUAUUGUGAUUAAAAUUGAUGAAAACUA